AUGUCCAAAGAAGGCGAAAACAGCUACGAACAGAAUGAAGAAACGGAGGAGAGUCUGAAGGGGGAAGGUCCCCCCCGGAAGGAUAGAGACAGUUCAGCUGGCUCAGAAUAUUCAGAAGAUGAUGAUGGGGUGGGAAGCGAAGAGGGAGAUGUGGAUGGAAAUCAGGACGAGGAGGACGACGUGGAGGAUGACGACGACGAUGACGGGUUGGACGAGGCGGAGGAGGACGGAAUGAAUGACCGAUUCCAGGAUAUCGAAAAAGUGGAAGAAGACAUUUUCAACGAAAAUAAUCUGCUGCACGCAAUAAAGACGAGAGAAGUCCUGGAGCAGGAAAUUUUAGUACUCUUUAGCAAUAUGCUAAAAAAAGAGGUCGUUUUAAACAAGGAUGUAAAGAGUACAACUCGGGAAGAAGCAUCUUCAUACAAAGGAGACCAUGUGGAUGAUGAGGAUGACGAACACACACUGGAUAGGAAAGGUGCAAACAGAAAGAAAGAGGCAGAAAAAAAAUCAAAUUUGAAGAUAAGGAAUAAAGAGUUGUACAAUUUUAUAUACAGUAAGAUGAAGUUAAGUGCUAGGGAAGGAAGAGACAAGAAGAGGGAAGAUAAAGGUGCGGAGGGUUCAGUUACCGAGUCGAGUUUCUCCAGAAAAAAAAAACACGACAGUGGUAGUAGUAGCCGCAGCAGUAGUAGCGGUAAAAGCAGUCACAGUCAUAGUGACAGUCGCAGUAACAGUCGCAGUAACAGUCACACACAUAGUCAUAGCCGCAGUCAAAUGGAAAAAAGUAAUCUCUUUAGAAUAAUUAGUACCAUCGAGGAGGUAGAGAAGGAACACUACAUCCUGGACAACAACGUGGUGAAUAUACUUAACGAUAUCAACACCUACCUGAAAAGGGAAAGAGAGUACCUCAACCGCAAGUUCGGAAGUCAUGUAGAUUCCACCUUCAAGAACCCAAUGUAUGUAACCCUCUAUAUAUAUAACAACCAGAUUCUGAAGGACAUAAUUCUACAAAUGAUCAACAUUGUUAAGAACGAAUUCGAUAGCUCCAUUUAUAGAGACAUAGAUGAGACUAUGUUGGCAAGAAAUAUUUUCAUCCUGAUAAAUCACCUUACUUCUCGACCCAGUAAAGAAUGGUUCGAUUACUGGCAUAAGCAUAUGCCCACGUUUAACAACAAGAGGAACGAAUUCAAUGUUUACAAUUACCUACAAAUUGAAAAGAACGAAAGGAAAAUAUUUUCUGGCGUUUUAAAAAAUGAUAUUUACUUCAAGGAGUUGCAGAAACGAUCCAAUAUAAUUGAGCAGUACCAAAAUGGACUUCAAAGUUUGAAGUGCCUUUUGUCUAGUAGAAAUUUCUUAACUCUCCUAAACGAGUUUAGGUACAAUUGCCAACUUUUUAUCGAUGCUGAUUAUCGGGGCAUUGAGGAAAAUGAGAAGGUUCUGGAGAUGCAACGGAAGGACGCUGAGUUGAUUGAGGAGAAGGGCCGCCUCAAGGAGGAGCUGGAGUUCUGUCGAGAGCGCCUCAGGGGUGCCGCUGGCGGGGAAAGCGAAGCAGAAGGUGGCAACAUUAGCGGUGGUGACAACGUUAGUGGUGGAGACGAUAACGGUGGAGAUAGUAGCGAUGGUGGCGAAGAUGCCGGGGAAGGUGUCGCCAAACCGAAAAAGACAAACAAACUCGUGCGGAACAAAAUCAACAACCUGAAGAAACGAAUCGACGAAAUCAACGAGGAGCUACUCGAAGUGGCUAACUUCUUCCUGGAGGACAAGAAGAAGAGGGAGAGGCUGGUGCAGGAGUACAAGGAGAACGUCUACCUGGUGCGGAACAUACUGACGCAGGUCCUGGGUAUUAGGAACCCCAAGCGAAGCAACGACAUCAGCUCCAACAACGUGCAUUACGUCAUACUACAAAACGUCCUGGACAGCCACAGCGCCCUCACCCUAAUCAUCGAGGAGAUGAGGCAUCUGUUCGACAAGGAGCUGAAGAAGUACGACAGUGAGAAGAACAUUCACAUCCCCUACUUGAGGCAGAACACCAUGAAGGAGAUAUGGGACUACGUGAGGCUCUUCUACAACAUCGUAUGCUACAUCGACCCGAUCGACUUGGUCAGGUCGCUCACCCAUCAAGCGCCGGUGCGGCCUGCAAGCAGUGAUAAAAUUGGUGGUACAAUUGGUGGUAAAAUUGGUGGUACAAUUGGUGGUAAAAUUGGUGGCAGGAACAGCGCUGGGGGGGGCGGCCGAAUUAGCGGCGGAAUCGGCGGCAGGAACAGCGCCUGGGGUGGUGGUGUGAACAGCGGCAUGGCACGAAACCGCCUCUCGGCGAAGAAGGCACCUGCCCCCGGCGGAGGGAAGAGGGCCAGCCUGCUGAACCCCAGGAAGAACAACCAAAUGAUCAUGCACCUGUCCAGGAUAAACCCACUACUAGCCAAAUCUAAAGUUAGAAAGCCAAAUGAAGAAAAACACAUGAAAAAAAAAAAAAAAAAAUUCAUAGAGAGGAAGAAUUUAAUAGACCAUUAUGAGAACUUUUCCUUUGAAGAUUUAUCCUUUGACAUAUUCGAAGAGAAGAAGGGGGGCGGGUCAUUCCUCAAAGGGAACAUCCUGGAUACAUUCGACCACAGCAACUUGUAUCGAGUGCAAGAGUUCCUAAACAAUAUCAUAGGAAUAAAUGAAGAAUUCGAAAAUGUAUACGAAGGAAGCAGUCACGACGGGCUGGGACACGGGGACGAUGACGGCUUCCAUUAUUCAUUGAAGGUUUUUCUAAACGUCUGCAUAAAGGAUCUUAGGAGGUGUAUAGUCGAAUACUACAACCACCAGUGGGACAUAAAAAUUAUCCUCAAUAUACACGCCUGGAUUGUUACUUAUUACACGAAUUUUUAUCUUUACGAAAAUAGGAAGCGACUGAACAAUUGCAGAAUGGGGAAGGGGGUUUCCACGAGGUACUCAUCAACUAGCCAUUUUUACCACCUAGAGGAGGAACCCCUAAAGGAAGGAAAAGACAAGGAAGAUGAAAAUUCUCUGUUCAUAUCGAGAAUUCAAAUGGUUCUAGGAAUGCAGGCAUAUAUAGGAGAUAACAGUAUCCACUCAGAAUUCCUGUGUGAUACAUUCCAAAGGUUAAUAAGGGAAGAAAAAAUGAAAAAAAAUAGUAGCAAAAUAAUAUUGUGCUGUUUGAGGUGUCUACAUGCAGAUCUAAGUUUAGUGGAUCUACACGCUCUAUCCACGGAUGACAAUGUGAAGUCCAUUUGUAAGUCUUCUUUGGAUAAUUUUUUGAAAAGAAAUAUCCUAAAUAGCUUAAGUUGGAUUUUAAAGAAUUUCAAGCUAAUUAGUCACGACAGGAGCAUCUUCACAUACGCUCUUAAAUGCGCCCUAAUGCUAAUUGAGUUAUUGGAAAAGUUAGGUGGAAGUACAUACAUCCUGAAGGGGGGCAACAAAAUAUACGACGAGGAUGAAGAGGAAGACGAAUUGUACAACACGGAUGGAAGUGAUAACCACUAUGGUGAUUCUACAAAACAUGGUAGAAGUAACAACAGGGACUACGACACAGAAGCAAUUCAAAGAGUCAGUGUGAUGGAUCUGAUUGAAGAAAUUUACAGCGGGAAAAUUGUAAAUACUUGCAUGCACAUUAUAGAAGAUUACAAAAGGAAUAGCAUCCAAAUUAAUCACCUGAUCAUUACCUACUUUGAAUUUCUACUCAAAUUUAAAAACAAUGAAUACAACUUUUUACUUUUUUUUGACAUGAAAUAUUUUAUUAUUUUCAUGGAUGUAAUAAAUGACCCAGAAUGCUAUACAAACCCCAGGUACCACUGGAUUGCUUCCUUUUUUGAAAAUAUAGUGGCUUGCUUUUUCAAAUUAUGGAGCAGUAACUACUUCCUACCCGUGGAACUCUUCUUCAGCAAAGCGAUAAAUAGAAGCCUUUUCAGUUUGUUAAGCGAAAAAUAUAUGCUGUCCAUUUUUAGCAACUACACUGAAGGGAAUGACCACUUCGUAUUCGAAGAACUCAACAAAGGCAACCACAUAAGCGAUAUUUUUAUGGAAAUGAAUAGCCGCAAGAGGUUAGAAGCAUUAGAAUGGUCAGCGGAAGAUGUAGAAAGUUUGAAGGUCUACUUUAAGCAGUUCAAACACAUGCACAAUUUUCUUCCGUUCAUUAGUGAGAUGCUCAACAAAUCAUCUAGCAGUGUGAAGAACCAACUUAUCUUUCUGAAUUAUAUGGACCGAAGAGGGAACGUGAUUGAGGACGACGUGGAAUAUGACAUGUCUGACUCGUCUGACAGUUCUGAGGAUGUCACCGACGAUGGGGCGGAUGGCCAUAUGAACGACAAAAUGGGUGACCGAACCGAGGUGGACACCGAAACAGGGAAGGGAGUCGACACCGAGGCAGAUACAGAAGCCGAAUCAACGACCCCCAGAAAAGCAUUCCACGCUACUACACAAGAAAGGAGGAAGGCCAAGCAACCGCUACUGUAUACCGUGUAUAAGCUGAAGAAGCUGAACCAAGUGCAAGAGAAAGAAACCAACCUAACCUCCAGUGGAAUCAACUGUAACGUAGAUACCGUGCUCGAAGAAGUAACCUCUAAUUUGAAGUCCCUCUACGAAUUAAAGAAAUUAUCGAAAAAUAAAAUUUUCUCCUAUAAGGCUCUCCUGUUUGAUAUUCCACUGAGCAUUUCAUCGGAGCUGCUCGAACAUAGCAGCUUUAAAAAGCUACUCAGCUUGAUUGGGUUCGUGUAUAAAGAAAGUAGCGACGAGUGGGUUCUAAAUGAACACUUAGAUGUAGACAUUUUUAGGAGUAUUGUUGAAAAGUGCGAGGAGUUGUUUCCCCUGUCGUUGGAGGAGCUAAGGGAUAGGUUGCGUGCCCCCGAGAGGGACAAGGUUUCCCAGGGGGGCGAUCUCAGUCAUGACGAUCAAGCCAGUGACAAUGACAAGGACGACUCGGAAAAGAAGCAACAACCACGGGGUGACACUGAAGAUGACACGAUGCACAGGUCAUCUGACAGUGCACUUGGCAGAGGAGCGGACCAGAGUGACGAGCAGCUGCACCUGCUGGAGCCACCCAAGCUGAAAGGAACAUUCGUCCUGCUCAAACUAAUGUACGACCUGUUCAUAUCGAAUGAAGACGACUUCAGAAUUUUCUUCAACGACCUGGUGAACCUAAUUAGAGACAAAUCUAGUUCCAUUUUCCAGAGCAGAAAAAGAGAAUAUGACACAUCUGCCUGGAUAGCUAGCCAAAAGAAUAAUUCCAAUUUAGACAAUUACACAAUUUUUCUAGAACCUAAGGACAGACAGGUUCUGAGAAGUUGUCAGGAAAAAGAAGUCCUCUCAGAGUUGCUGCAAUAUCUCUGGGUGUACAUCUCCAAGUCGGAUCAACUCAUCAUUUCAAAGCAUAUAAAGGAAAAUAAAUUUUCUGAACGCUUCAGGGUGGUUAACAAUUAUAAGACCUUGGGGGUUCAGGAAAUUGAAAACAUCAUAAAUCAGAAGCAGUCUGAAAUAGAUGAGAAGAAGAAACAAAAGAAGGAGACUAAACCGACGUCACAACAGAAGUUUUCUUUUAUAAAGUGUGUUUGUGAGUAUCUGCAUCGACUAUAUGUUCCUCCCAAUUCGGGUCCGAUCAGCACUGGUCGGAACUGUCCCCUGAAUGAGACCUACUUCGGGGGGGACAAACUCCUCACCUGCAUCUAUGAAAAGCUGAAUUCGUGGAAUGCCAAGCGGGGCAAAAAAAACGACGAAUCGCAAAGCUGCUCCUUAGCUGCUAUGGAUUUGCUAAGCUACAUCGAAAAACCGUCAGAGGUUAAUGCAGGGGUUGUCACCACCGUUGGCACUACUGUAGCGCCUUCCCCCCAGAGCGUUGACACGAAUUCUUUCCUCCCGUUAGUUCAAAAUAUAUGUACCGCUUUGAAAGCCUUGAAGGAAGAGGAUAGGACGUUAAAAUGGCACCCCCAACAGGUGCAGAAACAGUGGCUGAAAAUUAUGCUCAAGUUAUUUUACAACGUGCUCUACGAUAGUGAGUACAACACCGUGGGGAAACUCUUCCUCGAGUAUAAAAACAUUAAAGACAUCCUCAAAGACAAAUCGCAUGACUUUUUGUCUCCAAAAGUGGAGGAGCCAGAAGUAACGGUCGGCAUACAGAUCAACACAAUGACAAAUGCACAUGGGUUGUAUGCUGGCAUCGAGGAACUACAGAAGGAAGACCCCUCACAACCAUUCACCGAAGAAUUGUAUUUGGAGAGAACGCAGUAUGAGAUACAAACGAACGAGGUGCUAUUGAAAAGAACCUGGAGACCCAAAAGUGUAACCACAGAUCUGACCAAAACAGAUGCAGCACCGAGUAAAGCCGCCACAGAACCGAAAAAAACUAUCGCCAUUACGAAUGAACCCCAUUCCAGGGCAAUUCCCCACAAAGCAAUUGCCCCCCAUAAAAGAAAACUGGGUGACAUAUAUAAACAGGAUUAUUCCGAAUUUUUCAAAAAGAGGAAGCUGCAAAAUUCGUAUAUCAACAUGUAUAGGAAGAAUCGGAAGAGCAUCAUCGAUUCGCUUCUUAAGAACAAUAAUAUUGCCCAAUAUAAUGAGAGUGAUAUUAUAAACCGCGUUAAGCAGGUUUUCAUAAAAGCUCGACAGAUGGCUUCCGCAGGGGACCUUCGCAACCGAUGGAAAUCUCGCGCGGACGUGAAGAGGAUACUCCUACUGUAA